AUGUUGCUGGGAUCCUUCUUUUGGGGCUACCUUGCUGGCAACAUGUGUGCUGGUCCCGUGUCGUCGCGGUACGGUGCAGGGCUGGUCUUAGCGUUUGCUGCGAUCUCUUGGAGCUCCCUUGCGAUUGCCAUUCCGAUGGCCUCCGAUCUCGGAUUCUGGCAUGUCUGGCUUCUCCACAUUCUGCUGGGAUUAGCGGCAUCGCCGGUCAUGCCCACCACCAUGCAACUGAUCUCCGCCUACGUGCCGGCAUCUGAACGCGGAUGCUCGCUUGCUGCACGGGCAUUGGCCUUCCGCUUUGGGCAAAUCGUGGCAUCCGUUUUGGCGCCACUAAUCUGCUCGCAGGCAGGCUGGCGAGCGAGCUUCUGCAUCUUUGGCACAGUCAGCUUUCUGUUUUCCAUGCUGUGGCUUGGCUUUGCGAUGACGAAGAAAGACAGCAGAAUUGAAGUCCGGAAGACUUGCCAGGGCGACGACUCCUCGGAAGAGCCAGUCCAAGGCGUCAAGUCGGACCACUGCUUCUUACCGCUGCAUGCGUUGAGAAAGAGAGGUUUUCUUGCACUCCUGGUGGUGCACUGCAGCAACAAUUUCGCCAUGUACACCAUUAUGUCAUGGGGUCCCUCCUACUUCACGGAGGUGCUGCAGCUGCCCCUCGAAAGUGUCGGUCUCUACCUCAUGCUACCUGCCGCAUUUUCAGGUGUUGGCUCCGUGAUUGGCGGACUAAUCACGGACUGGCUUCAGAGCCGUCGCUGGCCGCCGUUGGCCAUGCGCCGAUGGAUUUUAUGCCCUGCAGCCUUGGGGGCUGGCGUGUCACUUGUGAUCUUCGGAAUCAUGCGAGAUGCAAUGACAGCCAGCCUUGCCAUUACGCUUGCGGCCUUGUCGAUAGGUGUUUUGGACACAGCACAGAACACGGUCUACCUUGACGUUGCCCCAACCAAUGCGGCGGCUCUUGUCAGCCUUGGCAAUGCCAUCGCCACGUUACCGGGCGCCGCGGGGCCUGCUCUUGUGGCGGCGCUGCUGCAAGCAACAGGGCUUUGGCCGUUGGUCUGGGGCAUCAUUGCAGCCUGCCUGGUCGUUUCUGCCAUCGUUUUUGCCGCAUUCGGAUCAGUGGAUGACCUGGAGAAAAAGCUCUCCCCGAAGUACAUGCAAGUGUGA